GGGGCGCCGCGAGCGGGUGGAAGAUGGCGGAGGGUGGCGGCGCGGGGCCGGAGGAGCAGGAGGGGCGGUCUUCCAGGCCACGGCCCCCGAGCGCGCGGGAUUUACAGUUGGCCUUGGCAGAAUUAUAUGAAGAUGAAGUGAAAAGCAAAUCUUCCAAGUCUGAUAGACCUAAAGCUACAGUCUUUAAGAGCCCAAGGACACCACCUCAACGCUUUUAUUCAGGAGAACAUGAGUAUGGUGGAUUACAUAUAGUUCGACCUUCAACUGAGAAAAUUGUGAAUGAGCUUUUCAAAGAGGCAAGGGAACAUGGGGCUGUUCCUCUGAAUGAAGCCACUAGAUCUUCAAGUGAUGACAAACAUAAGUCAUUUACAGGUGGAGGAUACAGACUAGGCAAUUCCUUUUGUAAACGGUCUGAAUAUAUCUAUGGAGAAAAUCAACUUCAAGAUGUCCAGAUUUUGCUUAAACUGUGGAGCAAUGGUUUCAGUUUAGAUGAUGGAGAAUUGAGGCCUUAUAGUGAUCCAACAAAUGCUCAAUUUUUGGAGUCUGUUAAAAGAGGGGAGAUACCCCUGGAGCUCCAGCGACUGGCUCAUGGUGGCCAGGUGGAUCUGGAUAUGGAAGACCAUCAGGAUCAGGAGUACACAAAACCUAGACUGAGGUUCAAGGCUUUCAGUGGAGAAGGACAAAAACUUGGAAGCCUUACACCUGAAAUAGUCAGUACACCCUCCUCCCCAGAAGAAGAGGACAAGUCAUUAUUUAAUGCAGUUGUUCUUAUUGAUGAUUCAGUGCCCACUACCAAAAUUCAAAUCCGAUUAGCAGAUGGCAGUCGUUUGAUACAAAGAUUCAAUAGUACACACAGGAUCCUGGAUGUUCGGGAAUUUAUUGUACAGUCUCGCCCUGAAUUUGCAACUGUUGACUUUAUUCUUGUGACUUCAUUUCCAAAUAAGGAGCUAACAGAUGAAAGCCUGACACUGCAAGAAGCAGAUAUUCUUAACACUGUGAUACUCCAGCAACUGAAAUAAUACUAUCUAUGCAGUAGCAUAUAGAAAUAGGUAAUGUGCCAUGUUAAUAAGAAAAAUACUUUUCUGCAUAGAAAUUAUUAUUAUACCAGAUAAAUUUGGUUUUGUUUUUCUGUCUUCCAGCCUUGGUUUAAGUUAAUUUGGACUAAGGGUAGACCAUAAAUAUGUUCAAAUUUUUAGUUGCAGGGCUGGCUUAAGUUGAUAGGUUUUAAGUAUUUAAGCCAACCAGUUUGUUACAUGCUCGGUUUGUAACAAUGAUGAAAUAUUUGUUUAAGGAAAAAACCUCUUUUUUAUAUACAUGUACUUGGUAAAAUUUGCACUAAAGUUUCCUGAUGCAGAAAUGACCAACAGCCAUUAAAAUCCUUUUGAUCAUAUAAGAUAAAAAUUUUUCUGUAAUACAUAUUGAAAACUGUCUGUAUUCUGAGUUUUAUUGAAAUUGUUUGCUCAUGCAAUUAUUUCUCCUUUUAAGAGAUUGGGGAUUUGUUUUGUUUUGUCUUUUUUGUGGCACUGGGGUUUGAACUCUGUGCU